GGUUGCUGCUGCAAGGAGCAAGGAAGAAGGGAAGGCAAGAUGGCGUUGCGGGAGGCGGCCGGGUUUCUUCUGCUGGCGCUGCUGGGUCUGGUGUCCGCGCAGACAGGGCAGGUGCCCUUGGUGGCUUGGUCCAGCCGCAGCUCCUUAUGGUCUCCCUUGGCAGUACCACACGAGGGCCAUGUGGUGACAGAAACUCAGCUUGCAGCUUUACUGGACUCUGCACUAGACGGCGGACCUCACAAUGUGCUGCUGUUCCUUCAGGAGAAACUCAGUGUUGAGGAUUUCACAGCCUAUGGAGGGGUUUUUGGAAACAAGCCAGACAGUGCCUUCCCCAAUCUGGAGAAUGCACUUGGUGCCGCUCCGUCGUCCUUGGUGCUUCCAUCUGUGGAUUGGUUUGCAGCCAGUGCUGUCCCCGCCUUCUUGAAGGCCAAGCUGGGCAUAUCUCCUCUUCACGUAGAUCAGAACACCUUGCAGGAGCUGCGGCUCAAUGCCAGCCUGCCAGCCCUGCUGUUGAUACGACUGCCGUAUGCCACUGGCUCUAGUCUCAUGGCCCCAAAGGAAGUUCUGACCAGCAAUGAUGAAAUCCUUGGACAAGUUUUGAGUGCUCUUCAGUCAGAGGACAUCCCCUACACGGCCAUCCUGACUGCUUUGCGGCCCUCACGGGUUGUUCGAGAUAUCUCUGAUAUGGUUCCUGAGAGGCUGGGUCGGCAGCUGCUCCAGAAGGAAACUGCGGCUGCACCACUUCGGUACCCUGCCACUGGGACCCCACUGAUACUCUUCUGGGCCAGCAACUUCUCCGUGGCUUUUAAUGGCACAACAUGGCAUGAUCUUACUAACCUCACAUUUGGAGAGCAACGCUCGGUCAAUGUGGAUGAGUCCAAGUGGACAUCUAAUGCUUCUGAGUUGGUACUGAAAUACUCAAAUGUGGGUGGGGCUCCAUUGAAAAUCACGUUUCGCAUGACGAACAUCCUGUACCCAGUUUCUGCACGGUACUGGUUUACCCUCCACAAUGUGGAGCUGGUCAGGCCUCAGAACCCCCCAGCUCUCUUCAAUGCCACCCAGAUUGUGGCACCCAGUGAUUAUUCUUUUGCCUGCACCUAUGUGGCCAGUCAUCCAACAGCCUCGGAAGCCAUGUUAAUACCUAACAACAGUUUUGCUAGCCAGUGGAGGGUGCUCAUGAUGAAUUUUCAGAUCCAGAGCUAUAACGUGACAGGUGAAAGGUUUUCUUACGCCAGUGACUGUGCCGGCUUCUUCUCUCCUGGAAUCUGGAUGGGGUUGCUGACCUCCCUGCUGCUUGUUGCCAUUUUCACCUAUGGCCUCCACAUGGUCAUGAGUCUCAAGACUAUGGACCGUUUUGAUGACCCCAAGGGACCUACCAUAUCUGUGCCCCAGACAGAGUAGGGGCCAGUUGAUGUAUUCCCUGCCCUGGGAUCUUUCUUACAGGGCUGGGUUUGUGCUGUUCAUUCCAUCUGUUGUCACAUCUCCUUCCCCCCCACCUGCCCAGCACAAUGCAUUAAACCCUAUUGGUCCCAGCCUUUCUUCCUUUUGCCCAAUAGCUGCUUCUCCACUGACAUUCCUUGGUCACUUCUUUUCUCUCCUUUGAUUCUUUCUAGCUUCUCCAGCCUAAAACAUCCCAAGGGACAAGAGGGGAGGUGUAGUUUUACUAUUGUGUGGAAGUGCUAUGUCUAUUGCAGCAUCAAGGCUGUCUGCACUGAACUUUGCUUGAAGGUAAAUAUCUUCAAGGAUGCACUGGCAUUCCCCUUCAGUUCUGUCCAGCGGGACAGAAUCAGGCCUGCUUUCUGAUGUACAUCAUCUAAGUUUGUGGUGGUGGUGUUUAAUAGUUUCCUUACCUUGCCCACUUCCCAAACCCUUGUUUGCAGCUGUAUUAUAAGUGCUCCCCUCCUUAUUUAUUUAUGUGGUAUCUGUGAUUAAUUCUGUUUACAGUGACUCAGUAUUUGGGACUCCAUGAUCAGGGUGGGUGGGGGCUUCCUUCCUGUGACGCCUUGCUGUUAAGUCAACUUGAACGAUGUGAAUAAAAGAGAGUUCUGGGG